AAGAUCGAACUACCUAGUAAAUACGGAGGAACUAAGGAGGAUCUUGUAGGAUUCCUGACAAACCUCCGAUCCUACUUCCGGCUUAAUAACGACAAGUUUCCGGACGACAAAGCCAAAGUCCUCUACGUAGCUAUAAGACUGGAGGCUAUUCGAGGUAGAAACGGACGCUUUAGACUACGCCAUCAGAAGACAAUUAGGAUAACGAGACAGACAAGGAAAGCUACAUCCUAUAGCCUUCUUUUCAAAGAAGCUCGAUAG